AUGUCAACUUUCCAACAAACCAAGCCCACAACUGUCAACAGAACGACAACAACGACUGGUAUAACAUGUGAACAGUCUCAGAAACUUGUUCAAACAAUGCUAACCAUGUCAUUUGGAUGUCUUGCCUUUCUAAGAGGGCUCUUCCCCGACGAGAACUUCGCGGAUCGAAGAUUCGUCCCGGAAAAGGUGCGAAAGGAUUUUGACAAGGAUAGCAGCUUUGCCAAGUCUAGUUCAAUCAAGAUUAAGACCCUAGUACGUGGUAAAACAACGGAGGCGGAUCUGUUUCUGGACUGGUUGGAAAAGGGGGUCUUCCAGUCUAUUAGGUAUAAGUAUUUGAGAGGUCUGAGUCUGGGUGUUUUCGCACAGGAAGAUGCGCCAACUGAGCUGAUUGAAGAUUAUCUUUUCAGUUUUAGCUACGGCAGUGAUGGACAGGUUUUCCUCAGUGUGAAUGGAGAAGAUGAAUCUGUCUCGCUUUUGGAUUCUCGGAAAGUGGUACAACAACUAAUGAGGCGAUUUAUUAUCAUCACCCAAUCGCUUGAACCGCUUCCUGAAAAACGGUUUCUUUCAAUGCGAUUGUUAUUCAACGAAACAGCCCCAACCGAUUAUCAGCCGCAGCUUUUCAAAGACGUUAGCCGGGAAAAACCUGCAACCGUUCAAGUACCUCUUUCAACGGACCUUGACACAUAUUCAGUUGGUUCCCUCGAUACGAAAUUUCACAGAGUUGCUCUCAAAGUCCUCUCGAUUGUCGAAACUGGGGAAGAAACAGCAAGAACCACAACUAGAAAUGUUGAUCCGUUCAGCUUGAUCGAAAAUGUCGAUGGUUCAGAUGACUGUCGUGAUAGUAUAGGCCAGACAAUUGAAGGUCAGAGUCAGACAAGUCGUUACCUUCAAGAACUCCUCUCAUCUCAAUCAGAGAGUGUUGCACAAACUCAGCACCUCGUUGAAAUCGGAGCGGAUCAUGAUUGUCAAUGCGAAACGCCAUUCCCGCGAAUUGGCACUCAAAGUCUUACUUGCAAUACUUGCAAAAGAAAGCUCCACAAAGUCUGUUAUGGAAACAUACCUCAUGGCACCAUUAGUAGGUGUCUUUCCUGUUUGAAUACUAAUAACGUCAUCGAUUUUACGACGAUCUCUUUUAAAGUGUUGAUGAUGCUCAGGAGAAUCUACAGGUUUAUGAUCAAAAAGCCCAAGCUUCCAAGUAAAGUCUCAGAGCUCUAUAGGGUUCUGGCAGGCGAUCAGCCCGGCUCAGAAGUCAUUGACAGCAUAAAUUUAGCCCUUUCGAUAAUGUUUUCUGACGACGUAUUAGUCUUAGAGAAAGAAAGACGGAAGCAAUCCAGAGGAACACAAUAUUUGAGGUCAUCCGAUUACAUUUAUGUGGACCACAAUGACAUUAUGGUCAAGGGUCUUGGCGAGCUUCCAACAGAGUCUCGAGUGGUGUGGACGUUUGUAUUUAACUCCCCCAAUGCGCAAUCUGCCUAUACUAGUGUAAUCUUCGAGGAGCUUGAAUCUUUACAAUGCGCUUUACAGAGGGUCGAAAGGUCUCUUGCAAUGAUUGCUCGGCUCCAACAUUCUGCCGCCCAAGUUUCAGCGCUCCGAAAUUCAGCAGGCUCGUCCCUAGAAUUCUGUUCACUGAGAAUAGAUGAUGACACUCAGAAUACUUUAGAAUCGAGCAAAAGAAGCCACCAGAGCCUUACCUCAGAUUUCGAAAAUACAGCCGAUGGGGAAAGCUUCCAUCUCACGAAAAUCAGAAAAAUAAGUGCUUCGAAGAAAACUUUGAGGAGCGUGUGGUGA